AUGCCCGACCCUAAAGAUCAGGCAAGCAUUCGACAGGCCUUGGAUCGCGCCCGCUCCGGUGAACUACCUGUCGAUGCUGCAACCUCCAGAAUCCUCGAGUCCGCCAUCACCGAUCUAUGGGCCCGAAUUCAAGCACAACAAGACACCAUUAUCUUGAGUCCGGACGAAUUCGCCUUGUUCAAUUACUUUCUAGAACGCUUUCGAGUCUCCCAACACGCAAUCACCCAACGCGUGGUGAACCGGUACUGGAACAGUUUUCAUGAUGCCAAUAAUGGCAAGAAAUGA